AAACUAGCAUUUUGUAUCGAUGGAUGCCCUUUUCAUUUUACGAUCACUUUUUAUCAUCCCCACAUUGCACGUCAUAAAGGACAGUAAUAAUCACAGACGCAGUCCUAAACGUCAGUCAAUGGACGCCGCAUAUGCAACGGACAGUAGCAUGUGUUUAAACUGAUGUAAUCUACUUCUUCUCUUCAUGAUUUGUAUUUCUAUUUUUCAGAAGACGAGCCGACGACGUAAGACGAGAUAAUUAUGGAAGGUAAUAUCAUCCCAACAACCAUGGCCAUAAUCACUAACAGGAGUAGCGAUACAGAUCUCUUUGUGUUUGAAGAUUACAACCAGCGAAUUGCUAUAGCCGUUAUCCUCUGUAUCGUCUUCCUUGUGGGAUCCAUCGGCAACACACUCGUCAUCACCGCCGUAGUCCUUUCCCGUAAACUCCGCUCAUCCACCAACUGGUUCAUCGUCAACCUGGGCUGUUCCGACCUUCUCACAUGUCUCUGUCUUCCGUUUAAUGUUGUCGCCUCUGUAAGUGACGGAUGGCCUUUGCCCGGAUGGAUCUGCGCAGCCAAUUCGGCCGUGAUGUGGGUCUGUCUGGGUGCCAGUGUCACGACGUUGGCUUUCAUUGCAUUUAACCGCUGGUACCUGCUGACAAAAUCAGGGACUCAAUUCCAGAAACUCUACACAACUAGAAACAUAUGCUUUAUGCUGCUUAGCGCUUGGAUGUACCCAGCUCUUUUGGUCCUGGUACCUCACUUUGCUGGCUUGGGAAGACUGGGAUAUUCUCACAAGUUCAAAGCAUGCGGGCAGGAUAAUUCAAUUCCAACCUCAUUCUUAUAUAGCCUUACAGCCGGGGCAUGUGCCAUCAUCCCUGUGUUCAUUGUCACCGUUGUUAUCUACGUUCGGAUCUAUAUUUUCGUAUCGAGACAAAGUAAAAAGAUGAACCAGCUCAAAAUAGCAGGAGAACCCCAGGCGCGUGGCAUAGACAAUGUCAACGUGGAAAUGAGCUCAUCAGAGUUUGUUUCGAAUGAACCGAGCACUCUCACAUCUGGAAUGACAAUCACACAAAGCCGUUCAACUUCAAACCUUGACACAUCACCAUCAACCGAAACAGAUACAUCAAAUGAAACGGGCAAAUUGAGAAUUGAGAAUUUACCCCAAAACACACCCCUUGAAAUGUCUGGGAAUCAACCAAGGCUGUCUCCAGAAGGUACCAAAGCUAAUCAGAAACGUCUAAGACCCAUUCAGCAAAAUUCGCCUGAUAACAAGGCAAGACCACACUGUUGAAAGAUCA